AUGGGCAAUACGAAGUCAGCAGAUGCGAAAGUCGAUUUUAAUUUCAGGUCUUCAACGUCAUCACAAGGGAAUCGUAGGCCACUCCUAACCACAAAUCAAAGGGCUAUCAUCAAAUUUUGCAUGGAAAACUCAAAAGACGAUAUCGCUGAUCGAAUUAUACGCCGUGGUACCGAGAAAAAAGACGACUUCAAAACGUUCAUCGAUAAUCUUCCUAAGGGACGAACCUGUCAACUGUUUUCGGUUUUAUUGCACAAGUUUCCGAAUAUUAUUCUUUUGAAAGUAGCUGAAGACUUCGGCGCAUCACAUGUACCUUUCCGAACAUAUGGUUUUAAACCGGAUUUUUUUGCUAGCACGGCCGAUGCUGUCACCACUGAAUGCACCUACCUCGACCAAGCUACACACACAGCAAGCGAAACCGCUGGGGCAUGGUCCACACUGAGUGCGUUCCUGUUCUCGGCGGUUCGUGAUGGUUAUUAUGCAGAACUGCGUCGGCAACGGAAAGCGAGCAACGCAUACCGCAGCCGGCCGUCCUUUGACGUCAGUUCAGAAGGCAGUCUAGUUGACGGCGGCAGUCGAAGAUCGGCAUCUCCGACACCGGACGAGAUCUCACAGAGUAGUGAACCAAAAGAGAAUACCUCAAGUUAUUUAGUACCACCACAGGUUUACUAA